CUUCGAUAUCCCUAUCAAUAUUUAUCCGUCACCCAUACUCGUCCUUAUGGCUUCUACAGAAGUCAAGGCUGAGGAGUCGCCCGUCGCCAUCACUGCCCAUGAUGUGAAAACUGAAGAUCCUGAGAAGCCCAGUCUUUCAGAAGCCGAUCUCAAGCAGUUGCGCACCGCUGUUACCAGCAAAACUGCGUGGUUGCAACAAGUUGGGGAUAUCUUGCUGGAUUGCUCUCAAACUUUCUUUGCUGAAGAAGCAAAGCUAAUAAAUUGGGCCAAUUAUCCGCAAUGGCUUGAUCUUGUGAUAACUCGAGCUUCCGGGCUAGAUGGUCUCUUUGGUGCUUAUCUCCGCGACGGCCUCUCUGCUAUUCCGAGCUUCUUUUCCCUUGAUCGCUGCUGCUUCAUUAUUGUGGAUGAUACAGUUACAACCGAAGCUAAGGGAUUCCUCUACGGCGAGAGGGUAUUUACCUACCCUCAUCGCGGUGCCUUCUUAUUCAUGCAAGAGCUGUAUAGUUCGCCUAGCCUUUAUCAAAUUGUCACCUACAUCAGUGAACGAAUCUCCAAUUCACCUUCUACUAAUGCGUUCGAUAAUGGGCGUCUUGUCAGGUCGCUUCGUUAUUUUGUCUUCUCGCGCCCAGAGAUGGAGGCGGACAAGAUUAUGUACCUUUGUCUCUUUCCUCCGGACGUCGUUCACAGGGUGUUUAAGCAUCCGGAUUACUCAGUUGACAUGCCUGUUGGUAAUCUUGACGCCCUGGUCCGCCGUAUUGCCGGCUAG